AAUGAGCGCUAGAUCGCUCCCCCAACAUGGCGGUGCCGUGGCUGCGGCUUAUCACAUUUCGUCAUGUUGGGCUUUAUUUCUGCCCGCCAAGCAGGCUUGGAAGACCCGCUGAGGCUUCGCCGGGCUGAGUCUACCAGGAGGUAAAGCAAGUCUUGGGGCAGGCCGGAGCUGUGCUCUGGCCUCGCCUGGCAGCUCUUUCUGGCUGUCUGGUUCUUAUGGCACCGAGAGCUGCAGAGAGUCUUGGGGUGCAUGAGUGGCUAAGACAUUUAUGGCGGCAAAAGCUUUCGUGGACUGUGGUCCGUGUCAUCAGAUACAUGAGAUGUUAUCCUGAGUUAUUUUAUACACACACAUACAUACAUGCGCGUGGUUUACAGGGAGGGGGGUUGUAAACGGUGAGGUAGAAGGAAAAUGAAGUGCAGAAAAGUACAGGCAGGGCUAAUUACAGUGUUUGAACCCUAGUAAUUCAUAAAGCAAUUCCUGAUGUCACAAACAUCUGGGGAAUCAUGGUAAUGUGUCACUUAGCUGGCCAGAUCUCAUUCAGGAGCUGUGUCGUAUUGUGAUUUGUGCCUGGGUUUGCAUCCCAGCAGAGCAAGACUCUCUCUGGACAAGUCCUUUUGCAGGUGUUCAGAGUAUGUGCAUACAUAGAAAAGGGAGCAGUGGUGCAGUUGGGUGAACUCUGGACUAAAGGUGAGCCCUCUCUUUAGAUGGCAAUGUGUAUAUCAAUCUCCGGCAUUGAAUGUGUUGGUCUCGUGUGGGGCACCAAGGAGAGCUUGGCUGUCUGGCUGGUGUACCGACCACCCAGCACACCGGCAGCCACCCUGUCAGACCUGCUGGAGGUGGUGGCAGGCUGGGCCUUGGAGUUCCCAAGCCUACUGGUUUUGGGAGACUUCAACGUCCAUGCUGAUGCCGCUCCCUCCUCACAGGCUCUGGACCUAGUGACUUCCAUGGCAACACUAGGGCUCUCCCAGUUUGUUUUGGGCCCCACUCAUCAAGCAGGCCACAUGCUGGAUCUGAUCUUUGGGGCUGGCAUAGAUGUGAUCAUGCUCCCCCCUGUGGAAGUGCCAUGGUCUGAUCACUACGCUCUGAAAGCCAAGAUUGACUUCCCGCUCCUCCCCUGCUCGGGUGGUGAACCUAUUUGGGCUCGUCUGCGAAAACUGAUGGAUCCUGAUAGAUUCCGACAAGCCUUGCGGGACCCUGCUCCUCCUGGCGACUCAUUAGAUGACCUUGUUGAGGACUGGAAUAACCGGCUCUUGGCAGCCAUUGAUGAGAUCGCGCCUAAGCGCCCUCUGCGACCCCGUCGAAACCGGGCCCCUUGGUUUACUGAGGAGCUCCGGAAAAUGAAGUGGGAUCUCAGACGGCUAGAGCGAGCAUGGCGACAGACUCGUGAUGGAGCCUCAAGAACAUCUUAUAGGACGCUUAUGAAAGCCUAUGAGAUGGCUAUGAAAGCUGCUAAGAAAUCUUACUUUGCAGCUUCCAUUGCAUCCGCUAGGUCUCGCCCGGCACAACUUUUUAGAAUAAUUAGAUCAAUAACGUCCUUAGGAGGACAACCAAAUUUAAGCACAAAUUUGACCCACAGCUGUGAGGCAUUCCUGAGCUUUUUUGCGGAGAAAGUCCUGUUGCUCCGCCGUGACCUCCCUGCCAAUUUAGAUACAGUGACUGAACUGGAGGCCCCUCGACUGACUUCAGGUCCAGUGUUGGACCAUUUCGAUCGAAUACUCCCUGCUGAUGUGGAUAGAUUCCUCCAAGUUAGUAGGCCCACCACCUGCCUCCUUGACCCGUGCCCGUCUUGGCUGAUUAGGGAGUGUCCAGAUGUUGCCCGACCCCCCCUGGUUGAAAUUAUCAAUUUGUCCCUUGACACGGGGACAUUCCCAGGGGAACUGAAGGAAGCAGUGGUAUGUCCACUCUUAAAGAAAACUUCAUUAGAUCCCUUAGACCUAUCCAAUUACCGCCCAGUUUCAAAUCUUCCAUAUCUGGGUAAGGUAAUUGAGAGAGUGGUUGCUGAACAGCUUGGUAGGUUUCUGGAGGAAACAUCGGCUUUAGAUCCAUUUCAGUCCGGUUUCCGUCCUGGUUUUGGGACCGAGACGGCUCUGGUUGCCCUAACAGACGAUCUCCGUAGACAGCUGGAUCGAGGCGGGUCAGGACUGGUGAUCCUUUUAGAUUUGUCAGCAGCCUUUGACAUGGUUGAUCAUGAUCUUCUGGACCACCGCCUCGCAGACGUGGGGAUACAGAGCAUAGCCCGUAACUGGCUGUGCUCUUUUAUCUCUGGUCGGGGACAGAGGGUGGCACUAGGGAGGAAAUGUCGUCGCGCCACUCCUUGGUGUGUGGAGUGCCGCAGGCGCAAUCCUCUCCCCAAUGCUUUUUAACAUCUUUAUGCACCCCUUGCCCAGAUUAUCCGGAGCUUUGGGCUGGGCUGUCACCAAUAUGCUGAUGACACUCAGCUCUAUCUGCUGAUGGAUGGCCACACCGACUCGGCCCCGAACACACUGACCAGAUGCUUGGAAGCUGUGGCUGGAUGGUUUCGUGGGAGCCGAUUGAAACUAAAUCCUUCGAAGACAGAGGUCCUAUGGCUGGGUUGGGAUGGCAUGGGGAUGAGGGACCAACUCCCUUCUCUUGCGGGGGCCCAAUUAGUGCCAUUGCCUUCCGUUAAGAGUUUGGGUGUAAUCCUUGACGCCUCCCUUUCCAUGGAGGCGCAAGUUACAGCAACAGCCAAGGCGACAUUUUUCCACCUUCACCGCGUCAAGCAGUUGGUCCCUUACCUUUCCUGCCCCGACCUGGCCACAGUGAUCCAUGCGACGGUCAUCUCCAGGCUUGACUACUGUAAUUCGCUCUACGCGGGGCUGCCCUUGAAGCUGUCCCAGAAACUCCAGCGGGUGCAGAAUGCUGCAGCGAGACUCCUCACGGGGUCCCUGCCAUGGGAGCAUAUUCACCCAGUGCUUUUCAAGCUGCACUGGCUCCCGGUGGAGUACAGGAUCAGAUUUAAGGUGCUGUUUUUGACCUUUAAAGCCCUUCACGGCCUAGGACCCUCGUACCUACGGGACCGCCUCUCCCAGUAUGCCCCACGGAGAACCUCAAGGUCCAUAAAUAGCAACACCCUUGUGGUCCCGGGCCCUAAGGAAGUUAGAUUGGCUUCAACCAGAGCCAGGGCCUUUUCAACUCUGGCUCCGGUCUGGUGGAACGCUCUGCCUCAUGAGACCAGGGCCCUGCAGGAUCUGAUUUCUUUCCGCAGGGCCUGUAAGACAGAGUUGUUCCGCCUGGCCUUUGGCUUGGAGCCAAUUUGAUUCCCUCCCUCUCUUUCUUUUUUCUUUUCCUUCUCCUUCUGCGAUGAGGCUACAUUUUAAUAUUUUAAUGUUUCAGUAUUUUAAUGUUGUAUUUUUGUUUUUAAGUUGUAAUCAUUUAACUUGUUUUUAUUACUGCUUGUAAGCCGCUCUGAGCCCAGCCUUGGCUGGGGAGGGCGGGGUAUAAAUAAAAAUUAUUAUUAUUAUUAUUAUUAUUAUUAUUAUUGCUUCACUUACUUCAAAGUGCUCUAAACCAGCUCUUCUGUAUUUGAGGAACCACCUGUUUCUUUUGUGAAGUGGGACCCUGGCCCUGAGUCCUGCCCUUGCACCACUGCAGGGGAUCACAUUACACUGACUGGCUUUCUGUGACAGCCCCUCAAAUGUGGAAUUCCCUCCCCAAAGAGGUGCAUGUGGCACAUUCAGUGUAUAUCUUCUGACAUAUGCUGAAGACCCACCACUUCAUACUGGUCUUUGACACCUGAGAUACAUAUUUUUAGGACUCACCCUGUUCUUCUGAUUGUAAAUUGUUUAACUGUAGAUGGAGGGGGGGCGAGUUGCAAUGUAGCUUAUGUACACCUGGCUCUGAGCUGGAAAGGGUUGACAGGGGCACAGAGACUUGGAGCUUCCACCAAGAAAUGCUUAGAGCACAAUUAAAAGGAGAACUGUUCAGAGGUUUUCUGAGCAGAAUCAUGGGUCACAGCAAACUACAUUCCAAAUAGAUUGUAUACCUCUGUAGCUAACACUACUCCUUAUGGUGUAAAACCCAAGUUAGGGCAUUUGCGUGUGUUUGGAUGUAAAUGUUUUGUGCAUGUUCAAGCUGAUACACGCAGGAAACUCUCUUCAAGGGAGUUAGAGUGUUAAUUUCUUGGUUAUGAUUCUCAAACAAAAGGGUAUAGACGAAUCUCUUAAAAGCAAAAGUGUAAUAGUCGAUAUGUCGUUUUUCAUGAGCAAGCACAAGGUAGACAAAAUACUUCUGCAGUGUGUCUUCCUUCAAGUCAGAGAUUAUCAAAGUGAGACACAGAGACAAACUGAAAAUUCAAAACAGGUUACGAGACAAAGAGCAAUGAGUGAAGAAACUUUCCAGGAUAGAGAAACUGAUGUUAAGGUAGAACCUGAAACACAAAAUUCCUAUCUCAGGGUGUUCCGAAACAUUAUGUUCAGUGCUCACUGGAUUCUCUGGAACAUCCAGUACUGAGACAUCUGGUUCUGCAACAUCCGGUUCUGGAACUGUUAGUUCCGGAACAUUCGGAUCUCGGCCCAUAACCUUGUUGAUGCGUGUAUGGAUUGGGUUGUAUUCUUAUUGGGUUGUAUUCUUAUUCAGGCUUGCAGCAGAGUUUCUUUUUACAUAAAAUCUUUAUUAUUUACAAAAAUUUACACUGGUUCAAAUAAAACAACAUAAUUCAUUCUCCUCUAGCCAUCCAGCUCUGAGACUCAAUUGUUGACUCAUUUACACUUCUGUGCAUUUACACACUGACUGAGCUUAAUUGAGCACAUGCCCUUUAAAAAGGCACCUGUUGCUGGGGAGAUUUUUCUGUUGCCUAGCAACAGGUUGGAUUUGAUUUAAAUCAAAUGAUUUAAAUCACUAGUCAGUAAGAUUUGAUUUAAAUCAUUUUUUUACAGAAAGACUCAUUCUUGCUGGUAUAAUCUUAAUAUUUACAACCCGGUGAAGGUUUCAUUUUUGGAAUUUGAAAUUUUCGGAGUAGUUUUUACAAUUAUAUCAAAAAUUACUGAUUUGGUUAUUCUAUUACAAAUACAUAAACAGAUAAUUAUGAAAUUAUUAUUUAUAUUUGGACAACUUUUCUGCUCUACUUAAUUGGAAGGAGAAAAAUAAUCAUUUCCUUAAUAACAAUUUAAACAAUUUAUUUAACUAAAACAAUAACAUUAUAGCAUAUGUAUCCAUGUUUGUUAACUGAUGUGGUUAAACGAUUUUUUUAAAAAACAGACUGAGUUUUAGCACACAUGAAUAACUUAAAACAAAUCCUUAUUUCCUGAUGAAUAGCCUUUGGACUAUAAUGUAACUUAAAUAAAAAUCUAUCUUUAGAAAGAUGUUUCCUCCAAAAGCAUUUUAUUUUAAAAAUACAAUUUAAAUUUUAAAAAAUCCAAUUUAAAUUUAAAAAAUCUCUCUUUUUUGUUUUUGUUUUUUAAAUCUUUUUUUUAAUCCACCCUGCCUAGCAACCUGUUCAAGACCAAUUCUCAAGUUCUUUCUAGAAUAUUCUAACAAGUAGGUUUUCUAACUUUUUAAACUAUGUUAUCAGUAGUCAGGGAGGUAUAGGGAAACUUUGGCCCAUCAGAAGCAGGACCAACAGCCAGGGAUGAUGGGAGUUGUAGUUAAGCAACAUUUGGAGAGCCAAAGGUUUGCCAUACCUGUUUUAAAGCAUCUGAACUCUAUUCAUUUCUGGGUCCGUAAUACAAUGCAUACUUUAAACUAUAAGAACAAGUACUGCAUGCCAUUCUAGUAACCAGAAUGUUGUCAAAUUAGUGACGUAUUUUGCUGUCUAAUCCUAUAAUUGUUCAUUCAGAAGUGUGUCCCAUAGUUAAUAUGGCUUGCUUUUCCAUACACUUGAAUAAGAUUGCAAUGACACUUCAUUCAGUUUUGAAUGUAUGGCAAUUAAGACAACCUUAAUGAACCCCAGUUCAGGGAUGAUUACAGUUCUUUGGAACUUGAAAUACUAGUUCACUGAUGACAGAAAUUUCAUUUGUUACUCAAAUCAUUUUGUCCACUAGAUGUCCUAAAUUUAUUAUUAGUGUCUAAUUAGGGUAUUAUUAUUAGUGUCUACCAUGCAGUUUAAGUUUCAGAGGCCACAAUCUGAUACACAAUCUGAUACACACUUAUUGGGAGUAAAUCCUACUGAACCCACUGGGACCUACUUUCAAGUAAAUAUGCAUAGGAUUCAGAUAUGUCACUCUCUUUCAAGUGAGUGCAAAUUGGAUAUCUAUAAUAUAUACAACUGAAGAUUUGUUGUUUUAUGGACUUUUUUCCUAGCAUUAUAUGCCUGUUGAUACAUUUAUCAUUUUUAUUGUUUGAUGUAAAUAUAAAUGUAUCCUAAACAUACUCCACCAACAUGCAGAAGAUCAGUUUUCUGAAACUGAUUUGUGAGUCCACUUAAGCAGUGAAUGGUGAAUUUGAUGGAUCAGCUUGAAGUGCCUGAUACUGACAAUUUUUGAAUAGGUUGAAGUUGUGUCAUAUAUUACAUUUCUUAAUGACUUUGUUGUUGUUCUUGUUAAGGGUGCUGAGCCUGGAGUUAAACAAGGAUAAAGAUAUAGAAAGAAUCCAUGGAAGUGGUAUUAACACCUUGGAUAUUGAACCUGUGGAAAGUCGAUAGUAUGUACAUGAUAUUACUAUAUGUUUUAUUGUGGAAUGUAUUGUAUAAAACAUAUUUUAAAAUAUAUUCAAUAAAAUAAUUGAAAAUUUCCCAUUGAUAAUUUUUUCCAAAGAAAAAAAUCAAUUUCUGAAAAUGUUUUGUUUAAUAAAAUUGGUAACAUAAUGAAUAGAUACAAUACUAGUCAAAAUGGGCAGAUUCAAACUUAAAAGUAACAUUCCCUUCCCACUCAGUACAGUGGUACCUUGGGUUAAGUACUUAAUUUGUUCCUGAGGUCCAUUCUUAACCUGAAACUGUUCUUAACCUGAAGCACCACUUUAGCUAAUGGGGCCUCCUGCUGCUGCCGCACCGCCAGAGCACAAUUUCUGUUCUCAUCCUGAAGCAAAGUUCUUUACCCGUGGUACUAUUUAUGAGUUAGCGGAGUCUGUAACCUGAAGCGUAUAUAACCUGAAGCUUAUGUAACCCGAGGUACCACUGUACCAUCCUAGCCCAAUUCAUACCAUAAGAGCUACAUGAUAGCGUAACCACUGGGCAUUAACAUAAAAAGUGUUCAACAUACUUUUAAGCCCCCAGGAAGCAGAAAACCUCAGAACCAGUCCAGAAAGGAAUACCAUCUCUAAUGAUCCUUCCCCACACAAACACCAUACUCCCCAGUGUCUGGGCUGAAGAUUCCUUCAGAUAUCCUGGGCCUAGGAGGGCCUGCUCACUCAUCUCCCCAAUUCCCAGUGCCUUUACUAGGCUAGUAGGCUGCUGCACUGUGCUCCUCCAUGGGCCCUGAAGACCUAUAGAAAUCUGUAUAGAUCCAAAAUAUACAAAUCCUUCCAGCUAUUGGUUUUAUUGUAUGUGCGCAUUCUAGUUCUGGUGCUACUAAUGAAUCACAUCAGGUGUUAUGUUGUUUGGCUGGAGUAUGAUUGUGAACUAGUAACCUGACACACAUAGCUACCUUUCUGUUCAGUUCAGGUUUGACAGAUUCUUUCAGGCAACAAAAUUAUGUUCUGGCUCAUCAAAAAUUAGUAUAGUUCUGGUUUUGGGUCACGUUCUCUUUGCUACUUUGUGCACACCAUGGCAUGCCUACUCCACAUGUCCCAAUGGCAAGGGGAGGAACAGCCUUACUACUGCCAGUCCCCACACAUCUUUACAGACUCAACAUUGAAUCCUGUUCUGGUGCUAACAAGCACAUCACACAAAGGGAAAGGUUGAUUGCCCAUUCAACAGCAGCCUCAUAGUUCCUUAGGUAAGAUACCUUAACACUACAAGAGACCCUCUUGAGACCCAAGAUUUGACAACCACCCAGGGUGGUGGUUGUGCAGAAAGACUGCUCUGCCAAGCAGCUAAGAAGAAUCCAAGGACAUCCAACCAGAGGAGCCAAUUGCACAUGCCAGCAACAGCACUUUCCAGUGGCUUAUUGCACAGUAUGGUAGGAGAUUGGAAAACAGGCAGCAGGAAUUCAAGCUGCAAAAGAGAGAGCACUCCCAGGACUUGAACCCAUGCUGCAAACACCAUGGGUAGAUCCCUACCCACACAACCACAGCAAUCAGGAAUCAAACACCAUGGAAUGUUUGUCUUCCCCAAGACCUAAGCCAAGGAGGAGGAGCCCUAGUUGGUAAGGGAACAGCUCGUUAUUUCCAUCCAGGAGAUCCUAGGCCUCAUCCCGCUUUGCAUCCCCAGGGAUAGCUCAGUUAGUAACGCAUGAGACUCUUAAUCAGGGAUUCAAGCCCUAGGUUGAGCAAAAGAUUCCUGCAAUGCAGGGGGUUGGACUAAAUGACCCUUGUGCUCCCUUCCAAGUGUACAGUUCUAUGGGGCAACCCAGUCAGAUGGGCAGGGUACAAAUGAUGGUGAUGAUUCCACCCCCCCAUCCCCAGUCAGCUGUCAAAUACCAAGCUAAGUUCAGGGUGAUGGUUGUGUAUAAAGCCCUAUACAUCUUUGGACCAGGACACAUAAAACAUCUCACUCUUUAUGUACUCAAUCAAGCACUGCAUCACUGCAGGUAGGGAACUCCUGUAGAUGCCAUCUUAUCAGCAGGUCUGUCUCUUGCAAUGUAGGAAGUGGGCCUUUAGUGUGGUGGCACCUACUCUUUGGAAUUCCCUCCCUUGAAUGUUAGACAGGCACUGUCUCUGUCAUCUUUUUAGGGCCUAUUGAAAGCCACCUUUCAGCAAGCUUUUUGAGAUCUUUUCUCGGUCUACCACUUGAUGUAACACGCACCCCACUCACCACGGGCAUGUGAUCCCUGGCAAAUGACUCCUGAAGUAGUGGAAACCUCAGGAGGACAAAAGUGGCCACUCUUGUCUUAAAACAUGUAUUAGUAGCCCAAUAAAAUUACUUUCUAAAGAAAGCUUUUGAACUACAAUGGCUAAUUACUAUUUUUUUGACGAAAUAGUUCUUUGCGACCCUCAAGACUAAUGUGCUAUCCUCUUUCCUCUCCUGCACAACUGGGAGAAGGAGUUUGGAAGCUUCUGAUUUAUCACAGCAUGGUAUGUGGUCCAGACCUCAAACUAUGGUUUGGUUUAAGCCAGCUUUAGUAACUUUAAUAACUAUCAUUUGAAGUUGGCUUGUUUGAAACAAACUGUAGUUAAUGUUAACAACUGUUGGUUUGUCCACUCAACAUGACAAGACUGAGUUUCAAAAAGUGUGUAAGCAAUAGCUUCUGAACUCUUUCUGGAUGCAGAGGAAAAGAAGCACAUAAGCUUGGAGGUUGCUGUGGCUUGUUCCUGCUUGAAUUCUUACCUAAAUAUGUUUUACUAUUGAUAAUUUUAUGAGUCACAUAGAUGACAUGGCUGUUUAAAAAGUUUUGAGUCAUACACAUCAAAUUGGAUUCCACUUGAUUUACUACAGCUGAGAAAUUUCCAGGAAAAUGUUCAGAUUCACAAUACAGCCUUAAUUUUGGACUUACCUUUUGGGAGUUUAACACACACAGCCCCCCAAGUCUAAUGUGUCUAAGUUAGUUGUAAUUUGUUUUCUUACAGCAUGCUUUCUGGUGGCACUGAUGGUGUUAUUGUAUUGUAUGAUCUUGAAAACCUUAGCCAAAAACCAUGCUAUACCUGCAAAGCUGUUUGUUCUGUGGGAAGGUAUGUACUCUUUACAAAUGGAAUCCUUAUAAAUAUACCUUUUAUUGGCAUUAUACUGUAUGUUUACAAUGUACUGCUAGCUAGUGUUGUCUGCAUGGUAAAUAAUAAUAAUAAUAAUACCUCGCCCAUCUGGCUGGGCUUCCCCAGCCACUCUGGGCAGCUUCCAAAAAAAUAUUAAAAUACUGUGAUACAUCAAACAUUAAAAGCUUCCCUAAACAGGGCUGCCUUCAGAUGUCUUCUAAAAGUCUGGUAGUUGUUGUUCUCUUUGACAUCUGGUGGGAGGGCAUUCCACAGGGAGGGCGCCACUACCGAGAAGGCCCUCUGCCUGGUUCUCUGUAACUUGGCUUCUCGCAGUGAGGGAACCGCCAGAAGGCCCUUGGUGCUGGACCUCAGUGUCUGGGUUCUUCCUCCUUCUUUCUACUCAGAAGGCAGAAAUUACUACCACUCCUCCUUCCCACAACACUUAUUUUACUUACACAAUCACAGCUUUACACAAAUCGCCAAUAAAUAAAUAAUAGGGACAGAUCUCAUGGGAGACUUUGUGCUACCUUCCCAGAGCACGGUAGGCAAGGCAGGUGGCUUAAAAAGCCCGCUAAGUGCCAGCUUUGGACAGGAAGGGAUAGUCAUGCAGGAUCAUUCCAGGGGUUGUUUUGGUUUCAUGUGAUUUUGCAUAUAUGUCCUGAUAGCCAGGGACAUAACCCACGCAUAAGAUGAUAUCUACCUGUAUGGCUGUUAUUACCAUAAGGGGAAACAAAAGAAGAAAUAAAGUCUGGAGUAGGUGAAAUUUGCAUUGUUAUGCCGGUAAUCCAAUAACAGAGUAUCAUUAGAUGGUGUAAUAAAAUUUUGAGACAUUGAUUUUAUUGUGGCCAGAUUGUUGGGUGGAGAACCUUGGUACAUAUUGCAGCUUUGCACUGGAUGCUUAUUAGCUCCUGGACCUUGUUCAGGGUCAUGUUGACGACUUAUAAAGUCCUGAACAACCUGACGCCAGGUUAUCUGAAAGACGCCUGUCCCUGUAUACACCUGUAAGAUCACUUAGAUCUGGAGAAAUUUUACUUGCAGCACUCUAACAUAUAGAAUACGCAGAACUGUAUUAUACGCAGAACUCCAAAAUGGGCAUUUACUGCCAUUGUUCCUGCCCUGUAGAAUGCCAUUCCCUCUACCAUACAUGAAACGUGAUCCAUCCGUUGCUUCAGACAUCUGUUAAACACAAAUCUUUUCACCAAGGUUUUCUUGAACUCUGUUAUUGGAGCCUAUUAUUAUUGAUUUCCUGUUUUUAUCUGUUCUGCUGUCUUGUAUACUGUGUCUCUGUGUAUAUUACACUAUUUUACUGUUUUUCAAUGGUUGUAUUAUAACACUAGUAUCUCUUUAUAUACUUCCUUCAUGCUGUUGCUUCCAAGAAGAUCCUCUUCCAUUCCUGAAAAUUUUGGAAAAACAUUUUACCACAAAUUAAACUGGAAUCCUGUACCCACUUAACUGGCAUUAAUCAACACUGAACUCAAAUUGACUUAUUUCUGGGUACACAUGUAUAGUUUUAUAAGUUGCGGCAGCCAUCCUUACUUUUCUUUUACCAAGAAGGCCCCUGGGAACAAAACUAUGCCAUGAUGUAGCAUUCUUUCCUUUGGGCCAUACGCAGUGAGGAACAUGACUGCCAUUUGCAGUGGUAGUACAGUGGUACCUCGGGUUACAUACGCUUCAGGUUACAGACUCUGCUAACCCUGAAAUAUUACCUCAGGUUAAGAACUUUGCUUCAGGAUGAGAACAGAAAUUGUGCGGUGGCGGCGCAGCGGAAGCAGGAGGCCCCAUUAGCUAAAGUGGUGCUUCAGGUUAAGAACAGUUUCAGGUUAAGAACGGACCUCCGGAACGAAUUAAGUUCUUAACCCGAGGUACCACUGUAAAGCUUUUUCUAGAAGUUAAAGAGAGAUGGCGUGGAACCCUCUGCUUCCUCAUAUCUAGCAUGGCAAGCCACUCCCACAAAAGACAGGUGACCCCACGAAAUUGUCCAUGUGUGUCUGUAUACGUGGCCUAAUCUCUGAGUAGAUGUAGACUGCUUGGCUGGGAAGGUUGUUACCUGAGCUGUGCUAGACCUUCUCCCCUGUUUGAAUCAUUAAAGGAACUUUAGUGCUGUUAGUGCCCUAGCCACUACCUGCAGAGAUCUGCUUCUUUUUUAAAUAAUAAUUUUUUAUUAUUUUCAAUUACAGUCCAAUAUUAGUCUCAUUAUAACAGUACCUUAUUUAUAAUACAAUUAAUACCAAUCGUUCAAAUACUGAAUUAUAUAAUUUAGAUAACGUGCCCCCCCCAGCGUGCUAGAUUUGAUGGUUUUCUUUAUUUCUGCGUUUCAAAAUCUUAUUGAUUUCAAUUACAUUCCGGUCAUAAUAAUAAUCCCUCAUACAACAACUGCAAUAUUCAUAACCUCUAUUUGUGUUAACAUAUUAAAUGAUUUAUAAAACUACAAGUGAGGAACUCAAACUAUAUCCUUCCUCCUCCUGUGUAUGGCAGUUACUCUGUCUGUGGUGUUUCUUCCUCUCCUUGUAAGAUGUUAUGUCUUUCUUUCCCUCGGUUGUUGCUGUUACCCAUCAUGCUUUGGGCAGAGCUGAUAUCCCAUUGUUGUUUCAGAAAUUUCUCCAUUGCUCUGUCCUGUGCUUCAUUGUUUUGCAACUUUAACAACAGCUGCAAAAGUCACUCUGUCCCAGUAAAUAUUACCUGUUGUCUCCAUGUAUUACAGUUUUUUAAUAUUUUUUUGGAAGCCGCCCACAGUGGCUGGGGAAGCCCAGCCAGAUGGGUGGGGUAUAAAUAAAUUAUUAUUAUUAUUAUUAUUAUUAUUAUUAUUAUUAUUAUUCCUGUCAGCCUUGGAAGAAGAGCGGUCUGUCAAACUGCAGAUGACUCAGUAAAGAACCUUGGCAGUUCACAGACUCCUUUCAUCCUUCCUUCCAACUGAAGAUAUAUGAGCAAUUAUACUUCCAAUUAAAUUAAAUUCCAAGUCCUCUUACCAUUAUUCAGUUCACUUCGUAAAUAAUAAAGUCAGUUUCCAUCAUAAACCUUUUGCAAAAUCCAUCCCCGCUUGUACAAAUAUAAUUUGAACUAACAUUCAGAGGAGGGUUGCCACAUCAUAAAUGUAGAGAAGAAAACUUUAAAUGAAGAAACCGUAGACUCCCCACCCCCCACCCCAGUCUUUCAGAGUUUUGCUUCUUAAGCCACAAAGGCUUAAGCACAGAGUUAGGGCAAACACCUGCCGGUUGUAACCUUUGUCCUUCUGUUAUUGCAUUGUAGAAGUCAUCCUAAUGUUCAUAAAUUCAGUGUAGAAACAGUUCAGUGGUACCCUCAUGAUACUGGCAUGUUUACGUCGAGUUCAUUUGAUAAAACCCUGAAAAUAUGGGACACAAACACAUUACAAGUAAGUCAUAUCUUUAAUUGUUGGGUUAAAUCAUGGGAAGUAUUUAGUGUUUUGAAAGCGGAAAUGUGUUUGGGUUUCAUGGGAAGCUUAAAUUCUAGAAUACAUUAUAAAAACAGUAAUUACAAGUGUUUACUCAACUUCUGCAAGGCUGCCUAUAUAUUAUUUGCAGCAGGAUCAAGUCUUAUGGUACCAGGAUUUGAUCCAGAAUCUGUGUCUGGCAAGCAGGGACCCAUAGUUGGGGAAACUAAGCAUGCAAAUCUAGCUGGUAAGAUCACUUUUAGAGUAAAUAAGUCAGUUGACUCACUAAUAGAGGCAGACAGUAGACAAAGUCAUGGACAAUUUAAACAAAGGAAGUCUAUGGCAUAAUCAAAAGUUUUUGCAGUUUGGGCGAACAGCUCCAUAUUGUGUGAUUUUCAUGAUGUAUUCUUCCUAAUCUGCAUUUCUGCCGCCAUGCUAAUAACAUUUGCAUAAUGAAACUGAGUUAGAUUUGGAUUACAGUUAUACAAGCCACCUACCUGUCACCACAUGAUGUCACAAUGACAUCAGGUGACACAUUUUUUACAUAGCACUGUGCACAGGGUGUUUCAAGCCCCAGCAAUAAGGUGAUUAUUAAUGCUUGCAAAGUGCUGUGUGUAGGCUUUCCACAGAGCUUUCAAGGUGCCUAUAAACCUCUUUUCAACCAAGUUUCAUCUUUACCUGCCUUGGAUAAUAUUCAAAUGAUAGUUUUCUUUGUUGUUCGUUUUACUGCUGUUCUCUUUAUUCAUGGCAGGUGGUGAAUGUAUUAAUACAAGCCACUCUCACUGAAAAUUUUCUCUGCUGUUUCUUGAUACCCCAGUACGUACUACUAUGUUGUUGUUUUUUACAUUGUCAUAGUUAGCAGGUUUAAACUAAUCAUUUUGGCAGAAAUAUCAAUUUUGGUUAGGGUCCCAUCUUGCAAAUGUAAGUGUGUGCCUGGGUACAAUUUGAAGGCAUUCGCAGGAUGGGGUUUUGAUGCCAUAUUUCACAAUAUAUUUCAUAAAAUCAUAAGAUUUUAAAAUCUUAUUUUUAUGUUAAGAUUUGGAUCAGGACAUUCAAAUUAAAUAAACAUAUUGUCUUUCAAUUGACAGCCAGCAGAUGUGUUUCAUUUUGCGGAAACAGUGUACAGUCAUCAUAUGUCUCCAGUUGCUACCAAGCAUUGCUUAAUCGCAGGUUUGUAUUCACAUAAAAGGUCAGCUGUGAGCCUAGAAGCAAAUGCUUUUGGCUUACAGUUAAUUUCAGUUUCUUCUUACCAAGAGAUAGUUGUGAAUUUGUUGGCCCCUAGAUGUUUGUGCUUUCAGUUAAUUUUAGGGUUAACUUAGGGACACGGGUAGUGCUGUGGGUUAAACCACAGAGCCUAGGACUGGCCGAUCAGAAGGUUGGCGGUUUGAAUCCCCGCGACGGGGUGAGCUCCCGUUGCUCGGUCCCUACUCCUACCAACCUAGCAGUUCGAAAGCACAUCAAAGUGCAAGUAAAUAAAUAGGUACCGCUCCGGCGGAAAGGUAAACGGUGUUUCCAUUCACUGUUCUGGUUCGCCAGAAGCGGCUUAGUCAUGCUGGCCACAUGACCCGGAAGCUGUACGCCGGUUCCCUCGGCCAAUAAAGCGAGAUGAACACCACAACCCCAGAGUCGGCCACGACUGGACCUAAUGGCCAGGGGUCCCUUUACUCUUUACCUUUAUUGUAGCUGUGAGAGACAGAAUAACAACAGGAAAACCCCCAGAAACCCAGAAGACAAAAGUCACAGAUUGAUGUGCAUUAUAAUGAGUGAAAUAAAUAUUUGAUCCCCUAUCAACCAGCCAGAUGUCAGGCUACUUGGUAUCUUCACUGUAUGUAUUUAGCUGAGAUUAGAAGCACCUGCUGUAAGGGAGAGGUCUUACCUGUAAUCCCAGCUCAUUACAGUACCUGUACAAAAGACACCUGUACACAAAUUAGCCACCAAGACCAAGACCAAAGAAAAUAGUUGGUAAACGGUGUUUCCGUGCACUGCUCUGGUUCGCCAGAAGCGGCUUAGUCGUGCUGGCCACAUGACCCGGAAGCUGUAUGCCGGCUCCCUCAGCCAAUAAAGUGAGAUGAGCGCCGCAACCCCAGAGUCGGCCACGACUUGACCUUAUGAUCAGGGGUCCCUUUACCUUUAUCUAGAUGUUUGUGCUUCCAGUUAAUUUUAGGAAACAGGUUUAGAUGAAUAUGAAAAAUGGGUUGGGUGGAGGUUUUGGGGUUGGGGUUUUUUUUCCCAAUAGGCGCAUCUCUUGCUACUAAAAAUAUCCCUAAGCAAUUUGUGACCAAAGUAAUAAAAAACAAACGAUAAAAAUCACCUACACAUUAUUAAAGAGACAUUGUGAAAUAUCCUCUAAUAUGCAUUGAAUCUUAUCUAAUAAAAAGCACCAGCCAGAUGACAAAUCACUUUGGUGUUUUUCAGUAAGGAUUAAGAUGGAUUAGUGAGAACAUUUUAACCUUGCUUUUUAAAAUUACCUUUUUGGGGCAGGGUAGGUAAAAGGCUAUGACUGCAAUCCUAUAAUCACUAUUUAAAGCUGUGGGGCUUACGUCUGAAUAAUUUGCAAAGAAUUGUGCUGCAAUCUUUUAUUUGCCUACUAUUUUGCAGCCAUUGAAAUCUGCAGCCCCUACAUUCAGGCUAAAAUACACAUACUAGGAUAAAAGUUUCAGUAGGUGCAGCAGGACUUUUUCUGAGUAAACAUGCAGACUGAUUGCAUUGUUAGAAUAUUUUUGUUGUUGCCAUGAUGCCUAUAUAUUGUGAAUUACUUUAUAAAUGAAAAUCUGAAUCAUGUUUGAAGUGGCAGAUGCCAAGCAGCCAAUGGUGUGAAGGCAGAGUGGGGGACAGAGCAUGCUUGUUCUUCCUGGGCUCUCUCCUUGGCCAAUUCUCUAGCUCUUUCAGCAUCUUCUUUAAGGCUCUUCAUAAAUCAAACACAUUUACCAAAACAGAGUAAUUUCCUUAAUAAGACGGAAUAUUUUAUCUAGAGUUGUGCUGUUAAUUAAAUGUAUGUAUUUGUAUUCAUUGUUUAAAAAAAUACAGUGUACCUUCUAAAUAUGCAUUAAUUGGUCUUUUAUUAAUUGAUCAGUAUUUCAGAUUCUGCCUUGUUAGAAUACUGAGACAAUAUUCAAGAUAAGAGAUGGCUCAAAUUACUGUGGUACAAGUUAGCAUUUAGACUUAAGAGCCAUAAAUACUUUUAACAGUGUCCAGUUUGUAAUUUGCACACAGUGGACUUCUGUUUGUACUUCCAAAUGCUUCAUUUAUAAAACAUUCCUUUGUGUCAAUUUAUAAAGAAUAAAAGAAAACUGUUCACCCUGUUCUGUUUAUUUUAAUGUUAUGGUAAAUAAGCUGAAUGAAGGUGCAGAAUACAGUUACUAGAAAAAAAAAUAUUGGGGGAAUUUGUAACUUUUGUAAUACAUUUAUUCAAAGCCCCCCAAAGAUAUAUAAAAUACAAUACAACUAGCACUUUCUCUGUGUGCUUUUUUAUAGCUGCAAUUUUAAGUUGCAGAGUGUGUUUCUCUUUUCCUUAAUGUAUUUUGUCUUUUUUUCUUACAGUCGGUACCAAAAGCCCCAAAGUACAGCUUUGUGACUUGAAGUCUGGAUCAUGUUCUCACAUUCUGCAGGGUAUGUCUUAGUCUGAAACAUAAAUUCUAGACAAUAACUACUUUGAGUAAACUACACAGCAUAAAGAACUGCUCUAAACAAUAUAUUAUUUGUAAGUAAUAUGACAGACAUGUUGUGUUCCAGUUGUGAAACAACACAGCAAGAAUUGCAAUAUAUUCCACAUAUUGUUCUAGCACUGUGGGCCUGAAGAAGUAAAAAUAUGGAUUUGUCACUAUGAAAACACUGGGCAAUUUAGUUCAGUUUAGAUUCCUUGAAUUUCACAUCAUUAAAAUAUAAAGUGGCAAGUGUUCCCAGCAAACUGAGGAAACCACUUACCCAAAAUCAGCUAGACAAUUGCCUAGGUUAUUCUUGUUUGCAUGUAUUGGAGUGCAGCCGAUAAGCCUAAUGCAGAUAGGCCAUGAAAUAAAACUUUGUAUUCCAGAAAAUGAAUGUUUGGGAUAGCUUUAAGAAGGAUGUAGUAGGAGGUUCCAUAAGUAAUCAUUUCUGUACCCUGGGCAGCCUCUCAGUUUCCUGCCCUCUGCUCUUCCUCCCUGCCCCUUAUGCCAUAUACUACUUUUAAUGGUGCUGGAGUUCCCAUUUCUUGCUGCUCAGAAUGACAAUUGAGAUAAAAAACACAAGAUGUUUUGCUGGCUACAGCUGACUAGUACAUAGUAGCUGGCAAGAAUAUAUGUGCCAUGCCUAACCUACACAUGCAACAGAAUUAGAAUUCCUAAGAGGAACAAUGAACUGUAUUACUUCAGGAAGCAAUUAGGGAAUACUAGUGUGAAUGCUCCCCCAAGUGACAACAGAACAAAACCUUCCCUUCCAGUUCAAAGCUAGCAUAACAAUCUGUUCUCUGUUGUGCUUGUUUUCUAUUGACAGUGCAGGAGAGUAUUCAAAGAUCUUACAGUCUAUAGUGGUACUGCACAUUUUACUACCAUCUCAUUACCACCUCUUUUUGCCGCAUCUGUAGGCCAGACCAUAUUACCUCCCUCCUGCAUCAGAAAUAUUUAGUUUCCAAUUUAUUUUUAUGAAAGAAGCUGUAGGGAGUUCCACUUUGCUUAGUCUGCUGUCCACACUAGGUCUUGCUAUGCUUGCUAUGCUCUUGGGAUCGUGUAACUCUCUGAUUUACCAAAAUAAUAUUUAAUGUUGAGUCUCUCCUCAGAAGGAGGCCAUUGAUGUAGAAAAUUUAAUUUGUAUAGUCUAAGGUACUAAACUAGCCUAAGCUGUAGAUUUACUUGUAUGAAUGUUGCUCUAGGAUUCCAUAGAUUGUGUUUUGUAGCUUCAUAAGCAAAAUAAUUACUGGAGGGACUGCAUGUCUCUUCUUUUAAAGAUAACUUGCUGUUGAAUUUACAGAACAGUGUACUCAAGUGGGGGACAAUGAAAGAAGGAUGUUGACCAUUACUGAAUUGAAGUCUCUGUUUAGAAAGCGAUCCCAUAACAUGCUCUGCAAAAAAAUAAAGAAACUAAAUCAAUUCAAGUAGUUGGUAGAUUGCAAUCAAUCUUUCUCUGAAUUAAUUCAGAGAGAGUUAUUUACUUUGAAAUAACUCAUUUAUACAUUGAAGAAUUGGUUUCUUACCAUAGCAAACAAACCAAAGCAAAACAAAACAAAACAAAACAAAACAGGGCUAAGCAUUUAUCCUUCCAAAUGGCAGGAGGGGCCUUAAUUCAGGCCCCCCCCCGGUGUGCAUAUGGCACACCAUGGCAAUUCAGAGAAUGGGAGGCUGCUCUUGUAUCCCUAUCUAGCCCCCUUCUUCACUUCCUAUGCUGGAGGAUAUGGAAGGCAUGUCUUCCAUUUCUUCCAUCCUGGUACAGUGCCUCCUUUACAACAGUGGUGAAGAGAUAAGGUUCUGUUCAGUCAGAUGCUUUGGUAAUUCCAAAGAAUUGUGCCAUAGCUGUUUGUAUAUGAGUAGUCUCUUGUAUACCACUAAGGAUUCUUAUGGCUUCUUAUUUUUUAGGUCACAAACAAGAAAUACUAGCAGUAUCUUGGUCACCACGUUAUGAAUAUAUUUUAGCAACUGCAAGGUAAAAGAAAGAACCAACAAUAAAGUAGUGACAAUUAGAAUGAAAAUUAACCCAUUAAAAAAAACCAGUUCUGUGCUUGUUUCAUAGUCUAGUCUCUUGCUCUUAACUUGAAAUAUAGGGAGUUCCCCUUAACUAGUGUUUUGUAUGUAUUUCACUGAAAUUUAAAACUAAGGGUUAUUUGAAUGGAGUGUGCAGUAUUUGUAUAGCUGUGAGAGAAAGGCCUCAUUUCCCUAAUCUACAAAACAUUAAACUCUCAAAUGCUGUCAUCUCUCACAACCUUAAAAGCCUGGUGGGAAAAAGAUCUGGGUGAGCCAUUAGAUGAUACUAUAUGGAACAGUAUCUGGGUAAAAGCUUCCUUCUGACCUGUCUCAGUAAGAAUCUGGGACAGAAUCUGUGAAAUGCACUCAAAAUUGUAUGCUGAAUAUCCAUUAUUAUUGAGUAAUAUGACCAAAAAUGUAUCAGUGAUGUGUUGGAGAAAUUGUAAUGUUCCUGGUUCAUUUAUUCGCAUGUCCCCAAUUCUUUUUGUUUUGGAAAAAAGUGGAGAUGAACUUCUGUGGUCAAGUUCUCCCAGUCCAGGAGCAGUUGUAGUGUGGUACCAGUUGCAGUUGGGCCUGCAGUGACAAAGCUGGAUGCAGAAGCAUUCCUAGACUGCAAACCAGUUCUGUUACAGGGAGUGCAACCCCAUCCAGAGUUGACCAAUUUCUCAGACAUGGGAACUACUUACCCACAGUGUCUCCAUCUUGCUAGGAUUCAAGCUCAGCUUUUACCUCAUCCAUCUUACCACUGCCCAGACAGAUGUUAUGGAGAAAGAAAGCUGAACAUCAUCAGCAUACUAAUGUCAGCUUGUCCCAGAACUCCAAAUGACCACUGUCAGCAGCUUCAUAUGGCUAUUAAAUAGUCUUAGAGCUAAGAUAGUGCCCUGCGGUACUCCGUUUUGUAACUGCCAGGCAGAGUGAAAGGCAUUCCACAAGUGCUACUCUCUGGACUUGGUUUUGGCAGUAGGACUGGAACUACUGUAACACAGUGUCAGUUCCCAUUCCCAGUAGCUGGUCCAGGAGGGUACCAUGGUCCAUAGUAUCAAAAGCCUAAAAAAGAUCGAGAAGCAGGAACAAACGCUCUGCAAAAGUCAUCAGGGCAUCCAAGGGCAACUCAGUCCCAUGGGCAGGUCGGAACCUAGAUCAGAAUGGAAUUAAUUGUCCCACCAAAACACUCUCCACCACCUUUCCCCAAAAGGAGGUGUUUGUGACUGGUUAAAAGUUGUGCCAGUCCAAGGAAUGGCCACCGAGCUCACAUAACUCCAGUCCUGAAAGACCUACAUUGGCGCCCAGUACAUUUACGAGCACAAUUCAAAGUGUUGGUGCUGACCUUUAAAGCCCUAAAUGGCCUCGGCCCUGUAUACCUGAAGGAGCAUCUCCACCCACAUUGUUCAGCCCGGAUUAUGAGGUCCAGCUCCGAGGGCCUUCUGGUGGGUCCCUCGCUUUGAGAGGUGAGGUUGCAGGGAACCAGGCAGAGGGCCUUCUCAGUAGUAGCGCCUGCCCUGUGGAACGCCCUCCCAUCAGGAAACAACUAUCUGACUUUUAGAAGACAUCUGAAGGCAGCCCUGUUUAGGGAAGUUUUUAAUGUCUGUUAUUUUAUUGUAUUCUUAAUAUUUUGUUGAGAGCCACUGAGAGUGGCUGGGGAAACCCUGCCAGAUGGGCAGGUUAUAAAUAAUAAAUUAUUAUUAUUAUUAGUUCAGAUCCAGUUUCUUUAUAAGCAGCUGCACCACCGCCUCUUUUGAGGCAGGUGGGAACCAUCUCUUCACACGGACUUCCGGCCAAGAUGGCAUCAAGAAAGAUCAUUCUGGACUGAGCUCCACAGUCUGUUUUAAUUGUUUAAUUGGGGUUUUUUUCUUUUUUCUUUUUAUGUGCUAAUGCUGUUGCCGGCUCAGCAGCUAUCUGAUUUAUUGAGGGCAAGGACCUUUUCAGUGUUGUUUUAUUCUCCAAGGAGCCAAGAAUCAUAAAUCAGUUUCACAGGCAGUUCAGCAGCCGUCUCUGUGGCAUUCCUGGGGUUUAUCUAUACAGGUUUUAAACUUUAUUCUAAGGAUUUUUUAUAAAAAAACCUUUCAAACUUUUCAGUGUUUUACCACCUCUUAACAUAACUGCUUAUCUUUGCCUGCCAAGGGGGAAAAAUACAAGCUUGUUUGAUUGACUGUUUGCUUGCUUGGGAAAAGGGGGAAAGCAGGCUUGAGGAGAGGCUGGCAGAUAGUGCUAUUGCUCAAAUAAAACAUUUCGUAAUGGUAGUUGCCUGAACUCAGUCACUUCACGUGCAAGUGGAAAAGCCUACACAAAUCACCAACAGAGACUAAGUACAGACUUUAUACCUGAACAGAAGUAAACCAGCCACAAUUUAAUUUCAACCCUUUCAGACUCUGACCUAGUUAUUUUGGACAAGUGAUGUUCUGAUGACCAGGAGGUGGAGGUCAGUUCUCUGUUUUCACUUGUGAUGGCAGCUGCAGCGGAGGACUCACAGAAUGCUUAGCUAAAUGAAAAGCUAGCUUGUUUGUUUGACUAGGCAUUGAUUUAUUUGUAAUAAUAAUAAUAGAUGUUGGCAUCCGUCUAUCUUGGGAGACAACGGAGGAGUGCGCCUUUUGGGGGUAAAGUCAAUAAUAAUGUAUUUAACACGUUUAUACCCCGCUUUUACUCCAAACAGCUCAAUGUGGCUGAAAACAAGGAUAGAAUUAUUAAAUCAGGGAAGGGUGAGCUUUGCAGAGUCAAGGUCCGCAUUCCCUAAAGGUAAAAUAGUUGGGGCACACAUACUAGGGGUAGGUACAGUCAAAACCAAAAGUGGGUGGGGACAUCCCUUCCCUCUUCCUUUGUCUCUCUCACACAAAGACUCUGUCUUUCUGUCUCUUCUGCUAGCCAGUUUGCAUUCUUUUGUGAGUCCCAAGGUCUUUGCUAUUUCUCCUGCCUCUUCAGCUUUUCCUACCAGCUCUUCUGUUUCUUGUCAUGGUGAUGUCAUUUUUUGGAUCUCCCCCAGCCAGUUUCCCUCUGUGCCCGGUGACUUACCUUUGUGCCAUCUCAAUGGGAAACAGAGGAGCCAGCCAAAGACAGCUGUCAAGCCCAGCUGUCAAGUUGUGAUGCCCAACAAUAAGGGAUGCCAGGUGGAAUACUGAGUAGACACUAUACCUGGCACACUCUAAUUCUUCCUCUGAGCCACAUCCGUAAAAACACUCCAGCAUCUACCCAGACCACAAAGCACACUAGGAAUGGACUAGCAGCCUUUUGUGGCAGGGGGAGGUUUUCUGCAGUGCAGAGAAAUUGGCAGCGAUGGGGCCAAAUUCAGCAGGACAUAAAGGGGAGUCCCAAGGGCUUUAUAUGGACCCAAGGCUGCAGAUAGCUCAAAUGUGCCAUAAAUAAAAUGUUUAACAUGUACAUCAACAGAAAGAAUGUGGUAAUGCUUAGAAACAAACAAAAAGCCUGUUAAGUUAACCAUCUGGUGCCAUCCCUGAUGGUUUUUUAGGUGCCAGGUGGAAAAAAUUAUUUAGGCAUUUUAGUGGCAAGUAAUAGAAUUUGUUUAUUAUUGUUGAUAUAUUUUACUUGUUUUAUGAAGGUUUUGUGAGUAUGACUUUCUGGGUUUUGAUAACAAUUGUUUCAUUUUUAUGGCUACCAUUUAAAAUUUUGUAAUUUUGUAAGCUGCCUUGAGGGCUAAGGUCCAAAGUUGAAGUAAAUAUAUAUUUUUAAUAAGGCACUCUUAUAAGUAGCAAUUGUUAAAUUUUUACUUUAGAAAGCAAGAUUAUUAUUUUUUAACUACACUGCAUUUGUCUUUCAAUUCAGAAUGAAUAUAAUUCAUUGACAGAAUAGGCCAAUAAUGAAAUACAGAGAAAUUUGUAGAAAUAAGCCGUUCCUUGGUUUACCUUUUUCUGAAGCGCAUGAAAUACAGUGGUGCCUCGCAAGACGAAAAGAAUUUGUUCCGCGAGUCUUUUCGUCUUGCGAUGUUUUUCGUCUUGCGAAGCAUGGUCCAUCGCAACUGCGCCUCUUCAAGCGGCUUUUAAAAAAAGCGCAAGACGUUUUCGUCUUGCAAAGCAAGGCCAUAGGGAAAUUCGUCUAGCGAAGCAACGCAAAAACGGAAAACCCUUUCGUCUAGCAAGUUUUUUGUCUUGCAAGGCAUUCGUCUUGCGGGGCACCACUGUAGUCAGAAACUUUUCACUUGGAAAACGGUAACUCACUGUAUUAAAAUUAACAGGGUAGGGAAGACCAGAUAUUGUAUGCAUAUUAGCAAGAACUUGCACAUAACCAUACUAAUGUUAACAGAAAAUUUCUAAUCCAACCUAAGGACAUCACUUGCCUUUAUGACAGAGUGAGGUAGGGUUGGAUAGAAACCAUGAAUCUUGUCCAUAAAUCAAUACAAGGUGUUGUUCCUCUUUUAGUGCUGACAGUAGAGUGAAAUUGUGGGAUGUAAGAAGAGCAUCUGCUUGUCUGAUUACUCUUGAUCAACAUAAUGGUGAAAAGUCAAAAGCAUCUUCUGAAGCAGGUAAUCAGUAUACAUAUGCAGUACACACAGGUCUCACUUUCCAAACACAAUGCCCAGGAAAUUGUUUGUUAGAUUAUUUCCAUUACAAUAUUUCAUAUGGGAACUUUUCCCCCCCAAUGACGUUUUUAUCUUAAAAAAUCUAUUAUACAAUAAAAGAAACAUUAGGAAAAGAUACAAAAAGAAAACUUAUCUGCCACUUAAAAAAGAAAAAAAAUGAUUAUUUACAACAUUCAGUCCAUGCUAACAUCCAUCUUCAUCCAUCUUCUGUUAAACAAUAUAUAUUUUGUUCAAGGUGUCUCAGAAUCAUUCAUUUCUUUUUCCCACGAAAAGUGCAAGAUGGGUUCCCUAUUGUGUGAUAUUUGGGCAGAAUAGCUUGCCAGUUCAUUCUAACUCCCGUCCAAGCUCCCAGACAAGGACAGCAGGAAAAUGGCCUCAAUCCAAGCGUUUGAGGUAAACUUCCAGAUCACCCUUAACUCCAGAGUGAUGAAUAGUUGGACUAUCUGUUUACCACAUAAUUAUCUUCUGUCAAAAGGAGCUCGCAGACAGAUAGCCAAACCACCAUUCAUCUCCCCAGAAGUCCAUAUGAGAAUAUUUCUAAUCCAUUAUUUCUCCAGUCUCUCCCCGCCCCAUUCCCUCCAUGGUUUCUUCUUGAAAUGGCUGCAGCCAACCAGCAAAAGAGAGACAAAGGGGAAAACUGAUUUGUCUGAUCUCUCUUGCUCCCUCAUUUGUCCGCUCUCCCCCCCCCCGCCCCCCAGCAUGGCAUCUACUCAAAAAUAGUUGCUGCUGACCAGAAAAGCACAAACAAGGAAGUGGGCAAACUCUGGCUAUUCAAAUAUAUGAAUCAACCAUUCACUUAGCGAUAUUUGGGCAUAAUUCUUUAUCUUCAGAUAAGUGAAUUUGCAGAUAACGUGUGUUCUGAUAGUAGGACCCGCAUUCACAUGUAUAUCAAGUUCUUAAACAUUUCAACACUUAAGCAUUUGGUUUCACCCUUGGUGACAAGCAUUGUCACAUAGUAGAAUACAUUGUUGCACCAUUUCCCUUCCAAACACUGCAAUUACAAAUAUUUUGCCGUGAUGAGUUUUACAUUUUGCCGUAUCAAACUCUGUAGUACCCGGUGUUGUUCAUAUUUUCUUAACAGAAAAUACAGCCCAUAAUGGAAGAGUUAAUGGCUUGUGCUUCACAAAUGAUGGACUUCACCUUCUGACAUUUGGUACAGAUGACCGCAUGAGACUCUGGAACAGUUCCAGUGGAGAGAACACAUUAGUAAGUUGAGGAAGUUGUUGGGGUUGGGGGGGGCAACUUAGACUGCGUACAGUUUUGUUUUCAUUAUAACCUAUGACUAAACAAGUUGGUCCUGAUAUUGAGGAAUGUAAUGUAUGUGACUCCCCUAUUAUGCAUGUUCAACUCACUCACGACCAUUUAUACACCAUAAAUGGGCCACAAAAAGGCACAAAAACUGCAUGAACUGUGCAAAAAGAGUGGGGGAAACAGCUAGCAAUUCUAGGAGCUUUUUCAACUACAUCCUAUGAGUCGUUGCACCAACCUUUGGGGCCUAUGGAGAGUUGGAGUUUGAGAAAGGAGGUUUGGUGGAAGUGAUUCUAGAGGAGUUUGGGGGAUUCAAGUCAGCCUGGUAAGUGCUGUUGGUUUGUAAAAGGGUUUUUGAAGGGUUUCCAGAGGUUUAGAGGAUGUUUAUAGGCUUUUUAGAUGGCGUCCCCCACUAUACGCAAUUUCACAUAUACACACAGUACCCAGGAAACAUAAUCUUGUUCGCUUGCACACUGUGCAACCCAUGUUAUGAGACUUUUUCAGGUCACUUGGAAAUAUUUAUCUUGCAGCUUGAUCUCUGGAAUGAUGCUGUAAUCUCCACUGCCUCAGACUUGGCUGCCACAGAUGUUGUAAUGGUAGAAUUAACUUCUUAAUAACUUAAUUUGUUUGCCCUUUCAAUCAAGUGUCAAAAAUAAACUCUGUAAGAGCCACUUGUUGAACAGCAGAGGGCUGGGCACUCCACAAUGGACAAAAUUCUGUUUUUUCCCCAUCCAUCCUUACCAUCAGGCUAUUGAUUUUCAUAAACUGCUACACUGAGUUGUAGCAAACUUUCAAUCUACCUGCUGUUUCCCAUCCCCGGAAGGCAGCAGAACCUGGACACACCCAACAGAACAUGCCUUAUAUGUUUUACUGCCACUGUCACAGAAGAAGAAGAAGAAGAGUUUGGAUUUGAUAUCCCGCCUUUCACUCCCUUUAAGGAGUCUCAAAGCGGCUAACAGCCGUAUACCCCUGAAUACCCAUUGCUGGGAAUCACAAUAGGAGAGAGUGCUGUUGUUUUCAGGUCCUGAUUUUGAGCUUCCCAUAGGCAUCUGGUUGGUCAUGGUGAGAAUAAGAUGCUGGUCUAGAUGGGCCAUUGACCUGACUCAUCAAGCUCUUCUUAUGUUCUCACAUGGCUUGAAUUCUAACUUCCCUUCUGUGAACUGCACACAUUCAUGGUAGGCCAUGCCACCAUCUUCCCUCUUCAGCUUCCUGUACCUUUGAAAAUAUGCUCUUGAGGGUUGUAAGACAAUGGGGAAGCUUUGAAAAAUGCUGCAGGGAUCUGCAAAAGGAAUGAGAAAUCACUCUGCCUUGUGAAAUGGAAGAGCAGCUCAGGUUCCAAGUCAGUGUAUUUAAAGUACAUUUCCACAAAUUUUGUAUUUUCAUUUAUUUUAUUUUAUUUCUGUGUCGCUUUUCACUCACAUGAGUCACAAAGUGGCUUACAUACAAUAAAUAAUAACAUAGCAGAACAUCGCAAUUACAACACAAAUCGGUUUCCAGCCAUGCCCACGAUCAAUGGGGAUUGUUCUUCGCAGUCCUCCGGUGGCUAGGAAGAAGUUCAGGCAGGGAAAAGGGAGGAAAUGAGGCAUAAAUACUCUUGAUGCUCUCCAGUGGGGUCUGGGGAGUUCACUGCAUCCUGCAAGGAGAUCAGGGAGUGUGCCCCUGCAAUGGACGACCCUCCAUUACCAGCAUAAUUUGGGGAAGGUUCUUCCUUAAUCUGGAUAAUUGGCAUUCAUCAAGAGGUGCUUCCAAAGCAUCAUAUCCAAAUUGAUCAGCUGCCAAAAGAACUGAGACUGGUUUUCUGAAGGUAUUUGAAAGCUUUUCUGAAGCUUGAGAUUCUCUACAACAGCUGUGAAAGGAAAUGGGGAGGACAAGGUGCUUUGUGCUUUCUUAUGGUUUUCUCAUGGUCUUUUUCUCUCCUGUCCUCUACACAACGAAGAGGCGUGUGUAGUUGUUACUCUGCUUGUCACUUUGAAGGGGGGGGGCUUCUGAUUUAUGCUUUACAAGGAAUUUAAUAAGGUUCCACGCCCCCUCGACCAAGGGUGAAUGGACUUUAUUUACGACCACUUCUGGAUGGGGGUGUUGUUGGAUAAAUGCAGUGAGGAAAAGGGGAUAUGACCCACAGCUGGACAGUUGUUGAAGAGUGGCUGAAGCUGAGAAAAUAUUUUGCUGUGUGUUUUGUGCCAAAAAAGAAUUGCAAAGGGAAAUUUAAUGGCGGAAGUCUGAAAAGUUCACUCUGCGAGUUAUCUAUGGCUGUGGUUCUCAUGUUAGUUCGAUAACAGCGGAAUGGAAUGAAAUGUGACCUUAUACCACUCAGACCAACACUGCAAAGAAUGGAACAACAAGAGAAGGAACUGAACUCUUUUAACACGCCAGGUCUGGAAUGAAAUGAAGAUAAAGACUACACACGUGAAAUGGAUUAUAAAUAUGUAAGAUGUAACUGAGGUUGCUGUUUGUAAGGUGAAAAAGCGGACAGAUGGAAUAAUGGCUUAAUGACAACUGAAGAAUGUCAACUGGAGACUAAAUAAGAAAGGAAGCAGUGAAAGGGGAAUAUCUUGGACAUACGAUUGUAACGGAAAUGAGAAACCUGAGUUUAAGAAAUUGUAUUAAAGUAAUUUGUUUCGAUUUUUAAUAAUUUGGGGGGGGAAUAAAAAUAAUUUAAAAAAACAAUUACAAUACAAAUCAUAUAAAAUAAUUAACAAAUAAUCAGUAAAACAAUUGCAGAACAUCAGUAAAACAACCACCGUCUAUAAAACACUAUUUACAAAGCAACUUAAAAAAUAGGCUAAACAGCACAGCCACAAGAAAAGUCACAUUAUAAAAUUCACAAAGCAUUACAACAGUCAUAUUCCACAGAACAUUAUCAACAACAUUAACAAACUGACAAGCAAACACAGACUAAGCACUGUUGAAUUCACAUAUAUUCUGGAUUAAUUCUGGUUAAAGAAAAUGAAUAUAUUACCUUUUUUAAACUCAAGGCCCCAUUGCUGCAAUCAGCUCUUAAAAAUUAAAAGUCCAUCUUGUCUCCUUAGAAGAAAAUAACUACAAACAAAUCUUUAAACAUACCUUCCUUUAGUUGCAUGUAAACGACUCUGGCAAGUGUCAUGAAAACCAGAAGAAAUGCCCAUAAAUAUUUUGUGGUCUGAUCUGAGUUACAGUAAAUGGCAUACAACAGUAUGUCAAAAUCUUGAUGCCUGAGUUGUGGGUUGAUUUUCCCUGUAGCAGUUGUAUGUACAACAAUGUGUAUAGCUCCAGUGAGCUAGCAUGUACAAACAUAGUAGUAGUGUUUAUCUGGAUUUUGGUCUACAUCUUCUUCAAGGAUGUUCUGUGACAUUUGAAGCCAAAGUCAUUGAGCAGUGGAAGGAAACCUCUGUGUCACGGGUGUCUUCAUUUGGCCUGCCAGGCUGUUUUGAGCAAGCCACACUCACCUCCCCUAUACUUGACAUCAGGUGUGUGGCAAGUAACGAUUCCGUUUGGCUUUCCUGUCCUGAUUUGUUGGUGUCAUCAGAGGUCUUGCUGCAUGGCAUGGCAGUAGUUUUCCAAACAAUUUGGCCUCCAGCAAAGAACAGAUGUUCUUUCUAAAUGAUGAUACAGCAGUGAGCUACUCAUGAAAAUAUUUCUGAUUGCACCAUCCAACUCAUUGAAAUGAAUCUACAAUUUAUUUAAUCCAUGCUUAUGUUGCGCACAUGGGUGGCUGCUUCUGAAACUUUGUGUGUCAUAUUUUCAGCAUUUGUUGCUGUGAUCCCAUAAUCAAAGGUAUUUGAGGGAGCAAUUAUAUUCUUGAAUCCUGAAUCUUCCAGAAGGGUAAUUGUCUUCCACUGCAUGUUACAAGAUCUACAAAUUUAAUUCAUCACUAUUCACUUGAACUCUUCCUGUGAAAAGCUGCAUAUAAAGUACUUUGCAAAGAGACAGUGGACUUUUUCUUCUGUAAUUCACCAUAUAUUCUUGUUAUCUUUCUCUUUGAAACAAAAGUUUAUUGCAUUAUUCCAGGUGAUAUCUCUGUGCAUGCCUUUCAUGUUGUCUGUUUUCCAAUUCCCUACCAUACUGUACAGUAAGCCACUGGAAACUGCAUGUAUAAUUCCAACUAGGAAAGACAAUCAGCUGAAAGCAAGAGGAGUUAUUCUUGCUUUUAUUUUCUUCUCCCUUGGGCAAACAAAACUUGCUGUUAGUUGUAAUGUCAGGUUAAGUGUUUUAGCCUAUAUCAACUUUAUUGCACAUCACCAAUACAGUAAGUGGAUCUCUGCUUGUUUCAUGAAUCAUCUUCCCUUUUUCUCACUCUGGCUUACUUUUAAUUUAAGAAGCAGAAAGUAUUUUCACAAGUGAGUAAUUUGUUUCAGUUGAAAAAAUGAACAGAAGGUUUUUCCAGGGCCAGAUCACCUUCCCAACCUCUGACAUUUCCUCCAGGCCUCUGGCUUGGAGACUAAUCUAGGUUUCUGGUUGCUCUUUCCUGCAGCCACACAAGGCUUCACUGCUCAAGUAGAACCGAAAAUUAAGUUUCUACAAUAAUAUUCCCCCUUGGAUUCAGUUAUUGGGUUAUAAUUUUUCAACAGAGUACCUCCGCUGGGAUUUAGCUCCUGACACACAAUGUAUUUGAUGCGCCUUUAUUUCAGUUGCAGUGAUGCUUCCAUAAAUUAAAUGGGUAGUACUUAACCUUCUCAUCUUCACACAGCUGCCUAACUCACUAGUUACUAUGACAUUGUGGCCAGCUGUGGUUUCCCUCGUGUCCCUUGUCUAAGACCUGGACAAGACAGUUGACUUUGAAGAUGAUCCAAAAGCUAUGGUUAACGCAGGAUACAAGCUGGUCAGAUUCUGAGACAAGUUAAAAAAUUUCUAGUCUUUAAAAGAGUUUAUCUGGUUGCCUGACCAUGUCCAAGUCCAAUUCAGAGAACUCGUUCUUACUUUUAAAGCCCUAAGUCAGGGGUGGCCAACUCCCAAGAGACUGUGAUCUACUCACAGAGUUAAAAACUGGCAGUGGGUUCAGGUCAAAGUUGUUGAGCUUCUUUUUAUGGGCUGCAGGGCUAAAAUGUUUAACUUUUUUUAGGGGAGCCAAAGUUAUUGGGCUUCUUUGGGGGGAGCCAGUGAUCUACCACAGACGUCCAGUGAUCUACUGAUAGAUCACGAUCUACCUGUUGGAUGUGCCUGCCCUAAGUGGUUAGGGCCCCAGGUAGAGUCUGCUUCUAUAUCAACCUGGUUGUGUUCCAAGGGCACCAAAAGCUCAAUGGUGAGGAAUGAAGGGACUGGGCUGGCACACCUGGGACAUUUGGGAUAGGGCACUGUGUGCUCCCUUCAUGCACAAUAGGGCUCAUACAGUAUGCCACCCAGGCGAUAUUAUGCAAAACAGAGAAUUUUAUAAUCUGGACAUCACACUAGAGAUAGCCAGAUACAGUUGUGCCUUGGUUUUUGUAUGCCUUGUGACUUGAACAUUUUGGCUCCCAAACGCCGCAAACCUGGAAGUAAGGAAGGUUUGCAAACGUUUUCAGGAAGCCGAACAUCCAACGCGGCUUCCGAUUGAGUGCAGGAAGCUCCUGCAGCCAAUUGGAAGCUGCGCCUUGGUUUUUGAAUGUUUUCGGAAGUCAAACGGACUUCUGGAGCAGAUUCCGUUGGAGAACCAAGGUACGACUGUACUAAAAAACAUAUCCUUGCCUGUAAGAAUGCAUGGACUCUGCCAUGUCUUUGUGAUCAAAAUACAUGUGCACCAGCUUAGUAAACACAGGUGAGUCUAGUCCAGCUGGUUAAUGGUUUGGUUGCCUUUCUGGGAAUAUACUGCAUAUAUAUUAUGGUCUGUUCAAGACCAGUUAAAUAGUCUUCAGGAAAGAGAGUCUACUCCUGCUGGCUAGCUGCUUCCCCUUUUGAUCUCACGUUUUGUUCUGAUGCUAUCAAGUUACAAGAUAACCCUGAGCCAUCAACGUCAAAUCUGAAACACUAUAAAAUGUGACAGGUGUGUGAGUAUGCAUUCAACAGUAUAAUGACAGGAAGUGAGCUACAGCUUGUAAAUGUAAUGAAUAAUCAUCGUAUACCUGCAUUGUGACAUCAGGAGCUAGCUUUAAAAUCUUGUAUCUUUAAUUUUGGAACAAGAUGGAGAUAGAUUGAAACUGCAGAGUUUUGAAAAAUUAAAAAACAAAGUGCGAGACUGGCUUCAUUAUUAUCAGAUAAUGGAGGCAUACAAUUUGGACAAGAAAAUUGGCUUCCAGGUGGAAAAAUCAAAAUUAGAAACAGAAUUGUUAGAACCAAAAACUAAGAUUUUGUCAAAGAUGUAUAACUUGCUGUUGAAAUGGAAUACUCAGGAUGAAACGGUGAAAUCUGCUAUGAUUAAAUGGGCACAAGACGUUGGACAUAACAUAAUGAUGGCUGACUGGGAACAGUUGUGGACCACAGGUAUGAAGCUUACGGCAUGUAAUGCCUUAAGAGAGAAUAUUAUGAAAAUGAUAUACAGGUGGUACAUAACCCCAGUCAAGCUUGCAAAAAUCUACCAUUUGCCCGAUAAUAAAUGCUGGAAAUGUAAAGAAACUGAAGGUACAUUCUUUCACCUUUGGUGGACGUGCCCAAGGAUUAAGGUUUUCUGGGAGAUGAUUUAUAAUGAAUUAAAAAAGGUAUUUAAAUAUACCUUCUUGAAGAAACCAGAGGCCUUUCUCCUGGGCAUAGUCGGCCAAACGGUGUUAAAAAAGGAUAGAACUUUCUUUAUGUGUGCUACAACAGCAGCAAGAAUACUUAUUGCAAAGCAUUGGAAGACACAAGACCUACCCACCUUGGAAGAAUGGCAGAUGAAGGUGAUGGACUAUAUGGAAUUGGCGGAAAUGACUGGCAGAAUCCGAGACCAGGGAGAAGAGUCGGUGGAAGAAGAUUGGAAGAAAUUUAAAGACUAUUUACAGAAAUAUUGCAAAAUUAAUGAAUGUUAGAAUGCUGUUGGAUUGAAGUUAAGUGGUUUCUAGCUGUAGUGAUACAAAAAUACGGAAAAAUUGGAUUUUUAAUACGCAAAAACCUAAUGCUGUAAUAUACUAAGAUUAAAGAUCAGGAUAAAAUAAGGAGGGAAAGGAAUUGCUGAACUGAUAAAUUGAACUGGAAUACAAAAAAGGGAGGCAUGAGGAGGUCCGGGAAACAAGUAAAUGAAAGAUAAGUGAUGAAAAGAUGAAAUUGUUUUUAAUUGGGUUUUUUUUGUAUUUUGUAUCUUUCUUUUCUCUAUUUUUUUUAUUCUUAUCUAUGUAACCUUUUUUUGAAACUUUAAUAAAUAUCAUUUAAAAAAAAUAAAAUAAAAUCUUGUAUCUUUACAUCUUUACAGGUGAAUUACGGGAAGGUGUGCAAUGAAAGUAGAAAAGGACUCAAAUUUACAGUCUCGCAUGGCUGCAGUCCGGAAUUUGCAUUUGUGCCAUACGGUAGCACUAUUGCUAUUUAUACAAUUUACUCAGGAAAUCGAAUGGCUAUGCUUGGGGGCCAUUAUAGUUCCGUCGACUGCUGUGUCUUUCAUCCUAAUUUUCAGGUAAGUGAAGUCCUCUGGCUGAUUUUUAGGCUAUUUAGCCUGAAAACAGACCAGUUAUGUUUAAUGGCCUUUCACUUUUGUUUGCCUCAGUACCCGAUAAUAAGAGAUAUACUGCAUCUGUACAUGAAGGAUCUUCUUUGCUGUUAUGACUGAUGGGCCAGAAGGAGUGGUCAGUAUUAUCUGAAAGGGUUCAAUUAAAUAAAUUACUGCAUUAGCAAUGAGUAGUUCUCACUGAAGAAGCAUCUUAAUUGUGUUUUAAAAACACACGCCCUGAAAAUAAUUAAUACUCAAAAGUGAUGGAUAUGGGGGUUAUAGGUUCCACACCUUUUGCCUAAUUAGAGUUCAUGAGUGCUCAAAUUGUCUGGAAAAUAUCCAUAAUGUAUUGAAAUAAUAUUUGGGAGCAUCUCUGAAAAGAUACAUAAAAUUAUUUGUAGAGAUUGAGGUUUGCUCUCUCUUCUGCAUAUUAUAUAUACUAAAAAUACUAAUUUAGCUUGCUAUCUGAUGCUGAAUAGUGAUACGUUGUAUCUCUAUUGAGGUAACAUUUCUCAUAUAAAACAAUACUUGCCCCCUACCUCAUCUGUCAGUACAGUUCCCUCCAAAUACUGGGAAUGGAAUUCCAUUCCAGGUUCCCAUAUGAAAAGAUAUCCCCUCUUCUCCCCCUGCAAGCUGUUGUGUGGGUUCUCCCAACCCAGUUGUGGAGAGGAAGCCUUAUUGCACAAAUGGAACUCCUUGCACAGGACUUCUAGUGGCAGGGCUAGUCAACUGAAUCCUCUCCUGUCUUAAACUGUUGUGGCUGGUUUCGUCUUGAGGAAUUAAACUACUGUAUUUUUCGCCCUAUAGGACGCACUUUUUCCCCUCCAAAAAUGAAGGGGAAAUCUAUGUGCGUCCUAUGGGGCGAAUGCAGGCUUUCGCUGAAGCCUGGAGAGCGAGAGGGGUCGGUGCACACCGACCCCUCUCGCUCUCCAGGCUUCAGGAAGCUAUCUGGAAGUCUUGCAAGCCCGGCGGGAUGUCCUGCGGGCUUGCAAGGCUUGCGGGCAGCAGCCUGCAGCCCAAAAGCUCGGGGGACAGCGGGGAGGCGCAGCGCCGCCACCCCGUUAUUCCCCGACCUGAUCUGGAGGCUGGCGGGGGCAGAAGCAAGCUUGCUUCUCCCUCCCGCCAGCCCCACAAGCUCGGGGGAUAGCGGGGAGGCGGAGCGCCGCCACCCCGCUAUUCCCCGACCUGAUCUGGAGGCUGCGGUGCCCCGCCAGCCCCACAAACUCGGGGGACAGCGGGGCAAGCCGCUGCCCCACGGAGGCUAGAGAGGCUGUCCCUGAAGGCAGAAGGGGGAGACGGAGCGCUCCGUCUCCCUCUUCUAGCUUGGGGAUGGCUGCGCAAACCUUUGCCAGAAAAGAACCCCCAAACCUUUGGGGGGGAAAUAAAAAAAUUUCCCUUGAUUUCCCCCCCAAAAAACUAGGUGCGUCCUAUGGGCCGGUGCGUCCUAUAGGGCGAAAAAUACGGUAGGUAUUAUAUAUUUUUAUAUAGCCUACGACCAUAAUGAAAUUAUUAGCCAUUGUGGCCAUCAGUAAAGAGUAGCUUUCAAUGAAAAAACACCCCAAUGUUUUGUUUUUGUUUUUUAAAUACAACUAAAGGCACAUAAUGGUGCUCAAGUGUGAAUGCAAGUUGGCUAUGAUGCUAAGCAGGACAGACAUUGUAUAACACUCUCCUAACCUUAACAUUUUAUCUUAAUUUGUGUGUUUCUAAUGGGACAUCUACAGUGGUGCCCCGCAAGACGAAUGCCUCGCAAGACGAAAAACCCGCUAGACGAAAGGGUUUUCCGUUUUUCGAUGCGCUUCGCAAGACGAAUUUCCCUAUGGGCUUGCUUCGCAAGACGAAAACGUCUUGCGAGUCUUGCGAUUUUUUUCGCGCUCCCCCCCUUUUUCUAAGCCCCAAGCCGCUAAUAGCCUUUUAGCCGCUAAGCCGCUAAGCCUUUAAUAGCUGCUAAACCGCUAAUAGCGCUAAUCCGCUAAGCCGCUAAUAGGGUUGCUUCGCAAGACGAAAAAACCGCUAGACGAAGAGACUCGCGGAACGGAUUAUUUUCGUCUUGCGAGGCACCACUGUAAUGUGGAAUUGCCACCAGCACAGCUAUUAAACAUAUGAAAUCCUAACUUGAAAGGCUGGCAGCAUGGUGUAACAUUUAUGCAACAACUGACGUAAAUUAUAAUGGGCUUGCUGGCCUCAAUAAAGGCUUCCUUGUGCCUAGCAAUUUGCCUGAUUGAGCUGUGCACACAUGCAGCGCCCUAACUGUAUUCAGAUUCCAUGGGAAAUAUUUUUAGAUUGUGAUAUGAAAAGAGGCGAGUUUGCUAAAGCUGCUUUGCUCCAUUUAGAAAUAAAUUGACUUGUUAAAAAAAGCCUUUCCCCUUGAAGUGUCUUGUCCCAACACCUCUAGAAUCAAGUCAUUUAAAGAAAGAUUCAUUUGUGAGUUUUCGAGAACUGCUGUAGCUGCUUUCUGCCACAUCUGAAAUGGUAUCCUGAGUGUGCCCUGAUUGCCGCUAUCAUUAUUAUUUAUUGAAUUUGUUAGUCGCUGAUUUUCCCCAAGGCAACCCAGAGCAAUUUACAACCGAACAACUAAGCUACUGACCAUGGGUUGUCCAUGGGACACACUUUUUUUUUAGUCUGAGAUCCUUAUUCCUUUGUGGGCAUCCUUCUGGGUGCUAUAUGCCAAUAGUGAGUGUGACCAGAAAACAGGUGGAUGGGACAACAGAUGUGUGGCUUACUCUUGUAUGGUAGGCUGCAUUUCAAGUAUGCAAAGGCCAGAGGUUUCUACACAUACCAUAGGAGCCAACUCCUAGGGGCAAUGGGAGCUUUGGCCCCCACAAAGUUGAUGGGCAUUCCCAUUCAAAUAGUGUGUUUGCAUUGUGUCAUGUGAUUGAUUUUGUGGGUUGGGGCGGGGCUUACCUGGGCCUGUAUUACACUGGUACUCUAAAACCAAAAUAAGCUUUAAGAUAAGCUUGCCAUGGAUUCCUAGCCCUAGUUAUUUAUAUCUAGUUAGUGUUUUGGAAAAAAAUCUGGGGUGAGAGACUACUCAACAGCCCAGCUCAUUGGGGUGCAAGUCCCCUGCGGGUCUAUGCAGUCAGUAAAAGAAGGAAGUUCCAGCCAAGUAAUUUGGAGCAAAACAGCGGUCAGUAGACCACAAUCUUUAUUGUUGCGCAGCAGGUCCCCCAGGAGUAAGAACCCCGAGCAUGGGGUGACAUCCUCUUUUAAAACUUCCCUCUUUCCCCCAGAAUACACUUCAAGCAGCAUCAUUGAUACAUCAUCACUACAUCACAAGCAUGUCACAAAUGGGGCAGGGUAUACCAUGCUUACAUAAGUUCAACAUUAGGUCACUUUAUGAGACACCUUUCUCAACACCAAAAGAACAAUAAAACUUUACAUAUCCUUGCCCUCAGGACUUGUCGGGAGGUGGGCUUUCAGAACACUUGACUUGCUAAACUGCCUCUGCGGAUGUCUCUUGUUGCCCCCUUGGUCACUCCCUGGGUGGGGUGCCGUGUAUGUCCUCUCACGCUUGGGGAGUUAUGGCAGGAUGCCCUGUUCCUGCUGCCUACAGUGAUUUCCUGCUUCUUGGUUCAGGGAGGGAGGUGGAGCCCAAAUUCACCUUUCUUUAAAGGUUAAAAUGGCGCUGGAAUGAGGAGAGUCGGUUAAAGUAUGGAUUUUCUACAAAUUUAUAAAGCUAGGUAUUUUCCCUGAGCUGUCAAGUCGAAAGGAUAUACAGUGGUACCUCGUGUUGCGUAACCUCCAGGUUAUGGAAUCUUUGGGUAACAGCCGCGGCAAACCUGGAAGUAUAUCCUUCUGGGUUUCACUGCAUGCACAGAAGUGCACCAUGCUCAUGCACAGAAGCGGUGCCUCUAGUUACGGAUUUUUCAGGGUGUGCACGGCACCCCGAAACAAAUUAAAUCCGUAACCAGAGGUACCACUGUAUUCAGGCAUAAUAUUUGUAACAUUGUAACAACUUUAAAGAUGUGCCGGCCCCCCUCCCCCGUUUGUCAUUUCCGUAACAUUAGUUAAUUAGGCCUCAUUUUGCUUUACUCUGCUGAUUAACAUCAGUUCAACCUUUGGCCUAUAGCAAGUCAUGAAUAAGUUAAAGUAAACAUAAGUCAAUUCAUAAGUGAGAUAGAAUAAACUCAUUUAUUGCUUGUUUGUCUGCUGCUCUGAGAGCCUUUUUGGCUGAAUAGCAGGGUAAAAAUGCUUUAAGCAGGUAAGAUGAAGUAGAUGGAAAUAAAAAAUUCAGCAAGCUUAAGUUAUUUAUCAGUGUUUUUAAAAUAAAAUUACUACAGAAAAAAGAAUAUGUUUGUGCACUGCACACGUGCAUUGUAAUUUAGGUGCUAUACUUUUUAAAAGUUAUUUUAUAUUUUCAUGCAGGACUAAUCCUGUAAUCCCCUCAUCUACAAUUUCAAUACAACUAUGUUGCUUUUAUGAGGUAUGCGAAUAGAAUUGGGCUUAGCGUCAGCGUGACUUUGCAGCAAGUGACUUGAGAUCCAACCUUAAAUGCACUUCCUGGGAGGAAGUCCUCUUGCCCUUUGUGGGAUUUGGGAAUAAACAUGCUCAAGAUCACACUAUUAGUCCCACUGAAGUUGCUAUGAUUGGGAGAAGACUCCAGUGUGGAUAAUUUACUUCCUUUCCCCAGAUCCCCUUCCCCCAAUUCCUAUUUUGCCUCAAGCUCACCUUCUUCAGUAUUCAGUAACUGAUCUGUGACUUUUUGUUGGUUCCUUCAUGCCAGGAACUUUAUAGUGGUGGGAGAGACGGCAAUAUCCUUGCCUGGGUACCAUCUCUGAGAGAGCCAGAGCCUGAUGAUACUUCUGAAGAGGUAAAUAGCUUUUUAGUAGAGCAAGAUGAAAGCUAGAGCAUCUGUACACAAGGGAUAUAUUCUGCGCAUGAUAGUAAAGGAAGAAAUCCCUGCAUGUGAGUAAUGAAGUCAUUGUAAGAAAGAUUUCUCACUGACAUGGCUGGGAUGAUGGAUUGUAGCUCCAUAAGCCUGAACAAGGUAUCCAUUUAGUUUAGUCUGCUGUAAUGCAGGACCUGAUACAUCGUGUUCCUCUGCAGAACCAUCACAUCAGUACUGGAUAAUAGUUAAUAGAAAUCAGAGUAUGGAAUUCCAGGUCCUGGAAUUGUAUGGAAUCCUAAAUGUUAUGUGGUGGUGGUGGUGGUGUUUAUUACUUAUACCCCACCCAUCUGACUGGGCCUCCCCAGCCACUCUGGGCAGUUUCCAACAGAAUAUUUAAAACACAAUAAAAUAUCAAACAUUAAAAACUUCCCUAAACAGGGCUGCCUUCAGAUGUCUUCUAAAAGUCAGAUAGUUGUUUAUUUCCUUGACAUCUGAUGGGAGGGUAUUCCACAGGGCGGGUGCCACUACCAAGAAAGCCGUCUGUCUGGUUCCCUGUAACCUCACUUCUCACAGUGAGGGAACCACCAGAAGGCUCUCGGCGCUGGACCUCAGUGUCCUGGCAGAACAAUGUGGGUGGAGACGCUCCUUCAGGUAUACUGGGCUGAGGCCGUUUAGGGCUUUAAAAGUCAGCACCAACGCUUUUAAUUGUGCUCGGAAACAUACUAGGAGCCAACGUAGGUCUUCCAGGCCUGGUGUUAUAUGGUCUCAGCGGCCGCUCACAGUCACCGGUCUAGCUGCCACAUUCUGGAUUAGUUGUAGUUUCUGGGUCACCUUCAAAAGUAGAGUGCAUUGCAAUAGUCCAAGUGGGAGAUAAGUAGAGCAUGCACCACUCUGGCAAGACAAGUGUACCAGAUGGCGCUGGUAGACAGCUGCCCUGGACACAGAAAUAACAUGCAUCCUAACAUGUGCAAAGUACUAUUCUGUCCCCACCCUUCUUCUUUUUUUGGCCCUGCUGUCCAUCUAGAUCCAGUUGGCAUGUCCCCUCCCUUCUGCAUUUAGCCUUUCCUUUAUAAAUAAUAAAAUUAUUAUUGUUGUGGUCAGGGAAAUUAAAAUGUCUUGAGAACUUAAGAUACAGAAUAAAAUGCAUGCAGAACGGGGGGGGGGGGACUGGCUUGAUUCCACAAAUGCAACUGCAUUUAGAAUACUCUGUACAGUUCUGGUCACCUCAAGAGUUGGAGAACAUUUAGAAAAGGACAAUCAAAAUGAUCAAGGGGACUGAGUGGCACCCUAUGAGGAAAGGUUGCCGCAUUUGGAUUUAGAGAAAAGGUGAGAAAAGGGAAGACUUUCCAGAGUGAGGGACUGGGAGGAGAAAGGAAAGCUCCCAGAUGAGAGCUGAGUCUACCACUGUCUUUGUGAGACAAAACUUUUGAGGGAGGACUCUGCAUCUCCUUUUCUCUUUUUCUCUCUGUUUUUGUUUUUGUUUUUAUUUAUGCUGGUUUCUUUUGUCUUAUUGUCUUCUCUCUCUCUCUCUCUCUCUCUCUCUGUGUGUGUGUGUGUGUGUGUUGUUUACUGCCCUAUAACCAGUGCUUUUUUUCUUUAAAAAAUGUUAAGGGGUACUCUCACUUUGACACAAAAAAAUCACCAUUUUAUUGUUCAAAUCGGGAAAAAUAAAUACAGUAAAUGGACAAAAGUACAAAGAUUCACGAACUGUUUCAGGGUAUGUGUACCUCUGUGUCCCCCCAGAAAAAAGCACUGCCUAUACCCAUAUAUUUCAGGGUGGUUCACAAAAAAAGUUUUUUAAAAAAGAAAAGGUGAGUAAGAGGUGGCAGGAUAGAAUCACAGAAUUGUAGAGUUGGAAGCGACCAAAGGGUCAUCUAGUCCAACUCUCUGCAAUGCAGGAAUAUCUUGCUCAAUGUGGGCUAGAACCCAAGACCCUGUGAUUAAGAGUCUCCUGCUCUACUAACUGAGCUACUCUCAGUCCUACACAUGGCAUGGGAAAAGUGAAUAGAGGAGUUUUUCUCCCUCUCUCAUAAUACAAGAACUCAUGGACAUACAUCCAGUGAAGCUGAAUGUUGCAAUCAUAUAGUCAGAAAAUUCAGGGCAGGAAAAAAACAAAGUACUUCUAGUACAUGGUUAAACCAUAGAACUCCCACAGCAGACAGUGAUUGCUACAAAUUUGGAUGGUUUUAAAAGAGGAUUGCCGAAAUCCACGCCUCCACUGUCAGAGACAGGACAACUGAUUACCAGUUUCUGUGGGCAGAAUGCUGUUGUGCUCUUGCUUGUGUGCUUCCCACAGGCGUCUGGUUGGCUACUGUGAGAACAGAAUGCCGGACUAGAUGGAAUCGCUGAUGGAAUCUUCUCUUCUUUUUUCCAGUUGCGGCCUCAGCAGCGCCUGAAUCCUGCUUAUGAAGAUGCAUGGAGUAGCAGCGAUGAGGAUGGGUGAAUUCUUAAUAGGUUGUUGACAUGAAACAUUCAGCCAUGCACAGUAUUUUCUGAAGAAAGAAUAUUAAACCACGGGUCCAGACAACAGCCUUUUGUUUCAACUGUGUAGUGUUUCUUGUUUUAAAAUAAUACCAGAUUUUUAUGUUCUGUUUGCCACUUCAUAAAAACAGGCCUGCUGGAUAACGCAAUUCCAUGAGUUCCUGUGGUCUGAGGCAGUAAUGCUUCUGAAUACCAGUUGCUAGAAACUGCAGGAUUGGAGAGUAUUGCAGGUUUCCCACAGGCACCUGGUGGGCCACUGUGAGAACAGGAUGUUGGACCAGAGGGGCCACUGGCCUGAUCCUGCAGGCUCUUGUGUUCUUAUCUGUGUUGCUGGACUCCAGUUCCCUUUGGCUAUUCUGGCUGGGGCUGAUGGGAGUUUUAUCUGAAGGGUCACAGGUUCCCCACCUGAACCUAAAGUAUUUUUGAGGAUGUCCCGAGGCAAAACUCUUCAGUUCUUAAGGAAUAGUGCUUCAGAAUUGUAGGUGAUCAGCUGGCAAGCGUUAAACUAAUCAUUUUGCCCCCAAGGCCUUACACUUUCUUGAAGGCCUGGCAUCUGACAUAGUUCAGAUUCUAAAAGAAUGAAAGCUCAAAAAUACUACUCACCAUCGAAAAAUGAGCUUUUCAAGCUUAUCAAGGGUGCAAUGAGAUUAAGGGCCUCUAUCUGAACAAUAAUUUGAUCAUUUGAUUGCCCUUUUUACCGAUUGUUG